AUGGGAUUGAAGACAGAAAGACACCCGUCUUCUUAUAAGAUUGGAUGGAUUAAGAAAGGUGCUGAAACGAGAGUAGAGAAUGUAUGCAGGGUGCCAUUGUCUAUUAGGAGGUACUAUAAGGAUGAAGUGGUGUGCGAUGUGGUGGAUAUGGAUGCAUGUCAUGUUCUACUUGGGCGUCCAUGGCAGCAUGACACAAAUGUUACAUUUAGGGGUCGAGACAACACAUACUUGUUCCGAUGGCAGGGUAGAAAAAUUCUGUUGCUGCCUAUGAAAGAGAAGCCUACCCCCAAAACUUCUCAAGUGGAGGGGAAGUCUUUCCUUGCUGUUUUUGGUGCGCAGUUCAUGGCAGAACUCAAGGGGGCUGAAGAGAUUAUGGUGUUGGUUGUUAAGGGGUCGGAGAUGCCUAUCAUGCAGCAGGUGCCCGAGGAGUUCAAAGAAUUGCUGACAGAGUUCCAAGACAUCACCCCCGCAGAAUUACCGAAUGGACUGCCUCCCAUGCAAGAUAUUUAG